AUGGGCUUCUCUUUCCCCACCGGGCUUGCCGCCCUUCUUUCUGUUCCCCUUCUUGCGGCCACCGCCCGCGAUGGCAGCUCGCGGCCCUGCCACGCGGGAGAGUGCGAUUGGAACUUGUCUACCCCGGCCGGGUCUGUCGCGCUGAGCAUUAUGGGCUCGUCUUAUGGUAUCUCGGACUUGACCGAAGCAGCGGGAUGGACGGUUCUCGACUGCGACCCUGAGGCGGACGCGCAGGAGAUCCGCGCGGUUUGCCACGACCCGGAGCUGGGAUGCGACCACUUGUACGAGAACGGCGCGAUGCACACGCUCGUGCGAUUGCCCGAAGGAUGCGGAAAAGCGCCAUUCGCCGUCGUCGUGGAUGAGUGGUUUCACGAGGACCAGUACAUCCCGGUCAUGCACCGUGCCCGAGUGAUGCGCCGCGACGGCUCCCUUCCCGUCGUUCGCGGUUUGAUCCUGAGCACAGACUUCGCAUCCGCCGAUUCCACUCGACACGGCGAGAUCACGCUCUUGGCCAUGGGCUCUACCGUCUCCGGAGUCGUCCCGAAUCUUGCUCUCGUCUCUGCACCGUCUACCUUCACGAAGCGGGAGUGGGUUGCUGGUGCCUCCGCCCAUCUCGAGACCCUCCAAUCCACCCCCAACCCCGCCGCCUUGCAAUCGCGCGCUGACUUGACGUCGCUCAACAAGACUAACGUACCCUUCAACUUCUCUUCUCCCGGACAGAGCAUCUUCAAGAUCGACAAGGGCUGCCCGCAAGCGGGCGGCAUCCCGGCGUUCUCCGGGUCCGUCGACGUGACUGUAGCGGGAGCGGUUGACGGAGUGGUGAGCUUCGGCUUUGUGCUUGCGGGGUCGCCGUUCAACCCGGACACCUUCGAGUUUGCGCUUGUCGCGGACUUCAAUGCCACGAUGGACUUGACGCUCACCAUCGACGCGUCUUUAACGGGUUCAAUUAACUUCGAACAGACUAUUCUUCCUCCGGUCGGUCUCCCGGGACUAAAUAUUCCAGGCAUCGUCGCUCUCGGUCCCCAAUUUUCCGUCGUUGGAAGCCUCGGCGGCACCGUCGACAUCGCCGCCAACACGGCCAUCGACUUCACCUACGACAUCGCGAACGGCCACCUCGUCUUCCCGCCCCAGUCGGACUCGGGCAACAACUCGGGGCUCUCAAUCCCGCAGAACAACGACACCGGGCUCUUCUCGCCCAAAAACACCAACUUCACGCUCGCCGCGAGCCCGUUCGUCGAGUCCAACGCGAAGCUGUCCGCGCACCUCACCCCCACGCUCUCCUUCGGCCUCUCCUUCCUCUCCGGGCAGACGAAGGCGACGGUCGACCUCGACCUCGACGCGUCCGCCGCGCUCGCGCUCACGCUGAACGCCUCGGCGACCGCGGAGGCGAGCGCCGCGGGCUCUUCCGUCCACGUCGACCAGUGGGGCGGGUGCGUCGAGGUGGACACCGGCCUGUCCGUGAACGCGGCGGCGAAGGCGGACCUGUUCAACAUCUUCAAGAAGGACCUCGUCGUGCCGCUGUUCGCGAAGGACUUCACGCUCUUCCAGCGGUGCUUUGCGCACUUGGACGCGAGCGCGCCCGUCGGGACGCUCAACCCGCCGUCGAACUCAAGCUCCUCGUCGUCGAGCUCGUCGAGCUCAUCAGGCUCAUCAAGCUCCAGCUCCUCUAGCUCCGGCUCCUCAAGCUCCAGCUCCAGUUCGAGCUCCUCGAGUUCGAGCUCCUCAAGCUCGGGCUACCGCCGGCGCGCCCUGGACAUGAACCGCGCGUACGGCGCUCGCGCGGCACGCGCGGCCCGUCUCAACGCCCGAGGCAGAAAUUACUGGGGCAAUGCCGUGCGGGACGAGCUCAGGGGCAGCACAUCUGCGAACGCGCUCGCGCUCGCGGCGUCGGGCUCGUCGUCAGGGGACAAACUUACCCCUGUCGGGAAGACGUUGGCCGCGACGGACUCUAGCUCGAGCGCGACCGACGCGUCGAGCUUCCAGUGCCCGAGCAGCGGGACGACGAUCGCGGGGGUCGCGGACGUGACGGUCAAGGGCGACAGUAUCUUCAGCGAACUCGCACCGAGCACGAUGCAUCUGCUUGUAGGGCUCACUUCCCUUGCCCUUCUCCUCUGCGUUGUUCGUGCGCUCACUCCCGCAUCCGAGCCGUGCCAUUAUGGCGAGUGCAGCUGGGAUCUGUCUUCGAGCAACGGUUCCAUGGUCGUGCACGCUGUCGGUCCUUACUCCAGUAUCUCGGACCUGACUGAAACCGCAGGAUGGUCCAUCCUCAGCUGCGAGGCUUACGGGAAGACGAGGGACAUCCGCGCCGUAUGCGCCGACCCGGAGCGGGGAUGCGAUCACCUUUUUGAGAAUGGUGCUGAGAACACGCUGGUUCGACUCCCGGACGAGUGUGGCUCCACGGCGAUCGCAUAUGUUGUGAGUGAAUGGGAUGAUGGGAUCCAAGAUCUUCCCGAGAGUCCCUCAUCGCAAGCCGUGCAAGUGAAGGGAAUGCGCCUGAGUACCGACUUGUCGCUUUUUGACUUCUCUCGGCAUGGAAAGGUCACCUUCUUCGUUCAGGCCUCUUCGAUCCCCGGAAUCGCACAGCACUUGGAUCCUACGACGCCAUCAACGCGUUCGCUCUCUAAACGCGUGUGGUUUGACCGCGCGGUGUCGCGUCUCGACGAACUCCACGCUGCGCAUCCCGCGUCUGGUGCGACGACGCUCAACCGCAUCCUCCCGAGGGUCGACACCGCAAACAGCACCAGGUCUGAGUUCAGCUACACCCCCGACGGCGUCUCUAUCUUCAGCGCCAGUCAAUCCUGUCCGCAAGAAGGCCCUCUUCCCGCUUACGACGGCGAGUUCAACGUAGGUCUCUCGGGCUCGGUAGUUGGUGCAGUCAACUACGGCUACGUGCUCGAUACCGACCUCCAAUCGUUUGGGAACAUAACGUUCACGGCAGUCUUCAACACAACGCUCGCUGCCACCCUCAGCGUCGACACUUCUCUCGAGUUCUCAGGGGAAGCGCAGGCGACAGUUCUGACGGUGCCGUUGACGCCGAUCGGUUUCGAGGACCUGUUCAGCGUUGGCCCGACUUUCGAGGUCAUCGUGAGGGUCGAACCCUCCAUCGACGUCGAGCUCCACACAGAGGUCGACUUGGCGUACGCCAUAACCAACGUCCCAAUCAAGCUCUCCACCGAAGCCAUCCCCCCGGCGGGUAACGGCACCUUCGCUCCUACAGACACCAGCCUGAUGCUCUCAGUGGGCGCUGCUCCUUCCGUCGACACCCACGUCACGGUACACGUCAUCCCCACGCUCGCGUUCGGCAUCGUCGUCGGCUUCUUCGAGCCCACCGUCGUCCAAGUCAGCGUCGGCAUGGACGCCUCGACCACGCUCGACUUCAACCUCACCGCAAGCACCGAAACGACGCUCGACGACGGCGGCCUCGAGCCUGUCACGACGACGAACUACGGCGGGUGCUUCGCCGUCAACACCGGCCUUUCGGUGCCUCUGAGCGCGAACGCGAGCUUGUUCACGCUUCUCAACGCUGGGGAGAGCUUGUCGCUGUUCGACGACCAGUGGACGCUCUAUUCGAGGUGCUUUGGGAAUUCGGACGGAGGGGCUGUGCUCGACCGCACGCUUGCCAUGCCGCGCCCUUUGGGGGCGCUGGCUGCGACGAACGGGACGAACGCGACUUGCUUCGUGGAUGCGGCUCAGAGGGUGUUGGCGUCGCUGGUUGGGGAAAAGGUGUCGGGGUCGACAAUUUCGCAGAACCACAAGGGGCGCUAG